AUGAAGCCCUACAUCCCACUUGCUGGAGGUGCUGAUGAUGGUUGGUCCACAGAGAAUGAAGCAACAGCUACAUGUUACUGCGGCGCAGUACAGUUAGUCUUUCCAACCAAAGGACCCGGUCUGGUUGACACCUUCGUCUGCCACUGCACAGACUGUCGCAAAAUCACAGCAUCAAUGUUUGCAUCCAAUUUUAUUGUGAAAGACUCUCACUUGAAGCACUCCAGAGGUUGUGAGAACCUGAAAACAUUCUCGCAGUCGCGGACUAUCGCCUCUGGUAAAGCGAUGACCAACUAUUUCUGCUCAACAUGUGGCUCCCUGAUGUAUCGGGUCGGCGAGGCAUUCCCGGGUCACAGUAUCCUUCGCAUUGGGACGGUAGAUGAUUUCAACCUGCAUGAGACAGCGCUGAAGCCGAGACUUGAGCAGUAUACGAAAGAUCGUGUGGCAUGGCUAUCUUGUGCAGAUGGUGCCAAGCAAAUUGAUGGGUCGGCAUACCGUGUGCCCAAAUCUAGGGUAAAGGCUGUGCUUUAA